AACAAGAUGGCGACAAAACUCCGAGUUUACUUCGCAUACUAACUGUAAUUUUAAAUAUUUUGUGUUCUAGAAGGUCAAAGCUUGCCGAAAUGGACGUUGACAUAAAUGGUGUAAUUAUGGACAACGGGAGCCAGACCUCACCUUCGAGUAAACAAGUGUGCAAGAGAACGCAGUAUGAGGAUCCCUUCGCGCUACACUCAUUGCUCUCCACCUCAGGGAGCCUCUUGGAUAAUGAGAGCGCACUCUUUCUGGGCCCGUUGAUGCCCCCCUUACGCAGCAUCGAGGACCAGUGCGAAGGCAGUAACCCUCAGGGGGGCAGUGGCCGAGGGAUCCUGCAGCCCUCCAGUGUCCCCACCUCACCCCAGCGGAGACAUAGCGGGGUCACUUCCCCUCCCCCCCUCUCCCCCACACCCCUCGGGGCAUCGGCAGUUUCCACCUCGUCAGACCCAAACUUUCAUGCCACUAGCCUGCGGGAAAGAAAUGCUGCCAUGCUUAACAAUGAACUCAUGGCUGAUGUACAUUUUGUUGUUGGUCAGCCAGGUACGGGAAGAAGUACUCAGAGAAUACCAGCACACAAAUACGUAUUAGCAGUCGGUAGCAGCGUAUUCUAUGCCAUGUUUUAUGGCGGCCUGAAAUCAGAAGACGAAAUUCAGGUCCCAGAUGUAGAACCUUCUGCUUUCCUAACUCUGCUCAGGUAUCUUUACUGCGAUGAGAUACGUCUUGAGCCGGACACUGUGCUAGCCACUCUGUAUGCAGCUAAGAAAUACCUAGUUCCUCAUUUGGCCCAACAGUGUGUAAAAUUUCUCGAAGUCUCUUUAACAGCUCGUAAUGCUUGUCUCCUGCUCUCUCAGUCUCGCUUAUUUGAGGAACCUGAAUUAAUGACACGAUGUUGGGAGGUCAUUGAUGCACAGGCUGAGAUGGCACUACAGUCAGAUGGUUUUGUAGAUAUUGACUUUCCUACUCUAACAAGUGUCCUUUCGAGAGAAACGCUGAAUUGCCGCGAGAUCAUUUUGUUUGAGGCAGCUUUAUCGUGGGCCGAGGCAGAGUGCACUCGUCAGGAAAUCGAUCCCUCUCCCGACAAUAAACGGAAGGUGCUGAGCUCAGCCUUGAAUCUAAUCCGCAUCCCAUGCAUGGAGCUCGGAGAAUUCGCAAACGGGGCGGCACAGUCGGGUAUUCUCUCCUUGCAGGAGACCACAGACCUCUUUUUGCACUUCACAGCUCGCAACAAGCCUGCUGUUGCCUACCCAGUUAAGCCGAGACAGGGACUAAAGAAACAGAUAUGCCAUAGAUUCCAGUCAUCGGCCUACAGAAGUAAUCAGUGGCGCUACAGAGGGAGAGUUGAUUCGAUAAACUUCAUGGUUGAUAAACGGAUAUUUAUUGUUGGGUAUGGUCUGUAUGGGUCCUCGAGCGGUGCAGCUGAUUACAGUGUCAGGAUUGAGCUAAAGAAGUAUGGAGAGAUUCUUGCCGAGAGCACCACAAAAUUCUUCUCUGAUGGCUCUUCAAACACCUUCCAUGUUUACUUCGCGCACCCUGUACAAGUCGAGAGGGACGUGUACUAUACGGCUUCGGCUAUUUUAGACGGCGCUGAGCUCUCUUACUUUGGCCAGGAGGGCAUGAGCGAGGUCACCGUAGGGGCCGUCACGUUCAUGUUCCACUGUUCAUCCGAGAGCACCAACGGCACUGGAGUCCAAGGCGGCCAGAUCCCAGAACUCAUCUUCUACGGGCCGACAAUGGAUUCGUCGGAAAAGUAAUCGGUGCCGUCCUCUCAAAGAAGCGGCGGCAGUUCUAGCUUAUUCAAUGGUUAUACCAUGUAUAACCAUAGAUCCUUAAGGACACCUGUAUAUGGUGGUUUUAUUCUUCCUCUUUUAAUACAGUGUAUAUAAACCUUAUACAAUUAUGCAAACCGAUCAUGAUGGAUUCUUUUGGUUUGGGUAAUAAAAUUAGGGGUUUUUGAUAUCAUAAGUAAAUUGUGCACUGAUUGUCAAAAAAUCUGGUAGAAGUCAAAAUAGAGCAGGACUCAGCAAUAACAUAGUAAAAGUAGAGGUAAACAGAUAGUGAUGUAAACUUGCAACAAGUCCAUUUUCCUACUAUUUAUUCUUCUUGAUAUCAAAAUGACUCAGCAAAAAUGCGCAUCUUAUUCCUAAAAAUCCGUUGUGAUACACUUCUUCUUUACCGUUCACAGUGCGUUUCCUUUAACCAGCCGAGUUGUGUAAAACUCGUGUCUCUAAAUAUUCUGUUCCAUAUAAUGGUAAUGCAUAUUAUUUAAUUGAAUGUUUCAAAUUAGGUAUUUAACUCAUAUGUUUAUGCUAGGAGAAUUUUUGAGACUUGACUUUUAAGUAGGUAAGCAUUAACUCGUAAUGCGUGUGGGCGAUUACCGUAAAACCACACUGAAUCUCUUUAUAACUCAUAGCCUUGAAUUUACAUCUUUAGUUAUCUUUACCUUCACGUUUGUCUUAAUUUCAUCAGUCAAAUGUUAGUUUUAAGGAUAGAAAGUUAUAUAUUUCAUCUGAGAUUUUGUAAUAUCAUUUUUAUAUAUUUUUGUUUCAGCAUUUAUGUAAAAAAAAAAAAAAAUAGGUAUAAUUUUAGUCAGUGGUUGAUUUUAUGUAAAUUGUAUAUUUGUUUAUAUAAUUUGAUAUAAAAAGAGGAUGAUAUAUAAUGUGUGCCGAGUCUGUGUGUCCGAAGAUACCAAGAAAUACUGCUAGUUUCAAAUGAAAUCCCUUGUAGCUGUAUAUAUUUUAUUAUUGUUUUUUUUUUUAAUAUAGAAGGCAUACUUUGUUAUUUUCAAAUGCAAAUUAAGUGUGGGAAAUGUUUUAUAAUAUAAGAGAAGAGCCACAUAGAGAAUCUCAUUGUGAAGAAGUUCUUGCUUAAAGCAUAGUCCUCUUUUUCCUCAGAUAUCGCUCUAAGUCGUAAUUUGUUCAACGCUCCUCUCAAACUAAGGAAGAAAGCACUAUUUACCUAUAGCCCUCCGAUUUGUUAUUCAUACUGCAGCAUGUCAGUUCAUUGAUAUUAUCUUUAAUGUAAUCUCUGGAAUUAUUAAUCUAUUGUAGGAUCAAGUUUUUAAUUGCCGAAGCAUGGAAAUUGUGUCACUGAGAUUGUAUGUAUAAACAGUGACACUUCUGUAUGAGCAUUUUCUAUUGCUGUGUUAUUGAUAUUUAUUUAGUUCAGUCUUUAAGACUUGGUAUCAACUUUUCUUAUGUAUAAAAUAUAUAUAUAAAUAAAACAUUAUUGCUGUAAAUAUAAACUUUACAACCUUAAGUACACUUCUGUAUUUUAUAUGUAGGUAUGUUGAAUAUAUAGGAAUUUGUGAUAUGUCACGCAUAUCUUUUGCAUUGAACACAUGGUUCAAGUUAAGGGAAUCCUGGUUUAAUUUGGCUUUAUGCAGCAAAAGUAUUGUAUGCAGAUGCAUGCAAAAAAAUGGUAAUUGUACAGUAGUCAGUUUAUGAUUAAUUAGAUAUAAGAAGCACAGUAACCAGAAGCAAGAUAUACGUUUUUUUUUUUUCUUAUCUAAAACGUACAAUAUAAGACCAUUACGAAAGUGAUGUUGUACACUAAAUAAUGAGAUUCCAUCAAAAGUUGGAAAUAUGUGCCAUAAGAUUUAAGGCAAAGGAUUAAGAGUGUGUGGUGCAGAUAGUUUAGAAUGCUAUAGGAUUUAGUACUUAGUGAAUUGAAUCCUGCAAUUUAAAACUCUUUGACUCAUUAUAUGGAAGGUAGAAGGGCCACUAAAUAUCAUUCUAUGUCUGGUUAUACCCGUUUGCUACUGGCCCAUAACUUCCUUCAGACAUACGAACUGCAGCAUUAAUAGGACACAAAGAUAAGAAUGUGGUAGGGAAGCAGAUAACGUAAAUAUGAAUCUAUGAAUGCAUGCAUGUCAUUCGUAGUAUUACAUUAAAAAUCCAUUGGUUCUCAACAUGUGCAUUAUGACACAGUAGUGUGUGAAGCAUAAUAUUUUGCAUUUGAGAAUUUUUUUCCUUUAAUUUUACUACCUUUUUUGUCAAAAAAAAGUAAAAUGUUGAUAGUUAACCUAAGUCACCUAACCUAAAAAGUUUCUAAUUAAUUAUAGUUUAAUAAGUUCUCAUAUUGAGUCUUGCAAAAGUUUGUAAAUUUGCAAGGGAACAUUAUAUCUACAUGUGUUUCAAACAAACUGAUAUUUGUAUGUUAAUAGAGUAAAGAGUUUGAGGUGUUCUAGAAUUCUGACAUAACCCAUGCAUUCUUUAUGAUAGGAUAUUUUUGUGAAGUUUUGGGCUGAUCAAUAUUUUUCAAAAGUAUAAGAGCUUGCAUCCUGUGCUGUUCUUUUUGACUGGAUGAGCUAGACCAGAUAUUGCAGUUGCAAUAUGAGACUUCCAUACAGCUUUUUGCAAAGUUUUGAUUAUAUGUGAGCUAAAAAGACUUUUUUUUUUUCUUGAAUAUCAGGAUAAACUGAUCAAUAGCAUAAUGUGCUUGCCAACAAUUUGCUGCCAGACAGAGCCUUAAUCACUCCCAUUUCCGUACAUCGAUGUGGUGUAAAUAUAUUACUGUUUACUUCUAGCUGUAUUAUAGGAUUUUUUGUUUGUAGGUCAGCAGUCAUGUUUUUUAACUGAGAGUUUAGCUAGAAUUCCAAGGUCAAGAGACUUUUCAGAGGGUUUUCCCUUAUAAGUGCCAUAGGAUAUCAAAGACUAGGUAAGAUAACUUGCAUGUUCAUUUAGCAUUCGUAGUAGCAUAAGAAAGCUUGUGCUACUUUUGAGAGUAAAGCUUUUGGUUUUCAUCAAGAGAGCAUUGUUAUAUAUUUUGCCGACAGCUCGCCUAAAGCAAAUGGCAAGUUAAGCCAUUGUUACCUUUAAUUAACCAGGCUAUGUUAAAUCUUGAAUUGUGAACUUUCAGGAAGCUAAAUUAUUUAUACCAACUUAGCAAUGUUUUUAGUAGUAAUCCAUAAAUUAUUUCUGAAGGAUGAAACCUGUCAAAAGUAUGUUUGUAUUAGAGAACAUUACACUUUUGAAAUUAUGUGAAUCCUUCACACUUGAAAUUUACAUGCAAUAUUUGUCAAGCAGUUUUAUCUCGGUAAUAUUUCAGUGCUUCUAACAGAAAAACUUAUUUUUUGCCAUGGUAGUCAGAUAUCAGACUUUUUAUAGUAGUGUAUUCAUCUAGGUAAGCAAAACAUUUUUAGACAGAGUCGUGAACAUUCAGAGCACCUGUCUGUGAAUGUAGCCAGUGACAGCUGAUCUUGAACAAUAGACUAUUUCAAAAACUUCUGAAGCAUAGAACAAUAUUAGACUAAACUAUUACCUUCGUGCUGUCUUAGUAUACAUUUAUACAAAAUGUAUUAUGUCCCAUAUGUCUUUAUGACUAAUUCAUUUUGUGUGCAUUAAUUUCACUCCUCAUAUCAUCAUGUGAGAUUCAGUUUCAUGAAAGACUAUUUUUACAAUAAUGAAAUAAUACAAAAAUAAUCCAAUUAACUUCAGUAGUUCAAACAGAAUUUCAUGGAGAAUCAAAUUAUACUAUGAGGACCUAUCUUCUUUCUACAUUAUCUAAAGGAGAAUACAGUAUACAGUAAGAAGGAAAAGUAAGGAUUAUGUGAUGAACGAAACUGGUUCACAUUUUAUAUAAUUGCUGUAUUUUUGUGAAAGAAGUAAUGUAUAUGAUAUAAAUGAAAGUCGGUUAUGAAGAAAUGAGACAUUGACCCUAUAGUAAAGAUCGUUCCAUAGAGAUUAGUUGAUAGGUAUGGCUGUAGACUGGUAUCAGUGAUUAAGAUAAUGCAGUUUUAAGUAAGUCCAUUAUAGUAUCACAGUUGUGUGUAUAUUAUCAUCUAAGCUAGCAUCAUCUGUGAAAAAAAAAACAUUUAGCCACAGGUACUAGAGUACAAACUUUAGCUUUUCUUCAUACUUUGUAAAGCUCCUCUUUUCAGCCAUCAUAAUACUGAGGAGAAUGAAAACAUUUCUUUUUUCUUCAGCUCUGUACUUACUUGAAUAAUGAUGUGAAUUGCCUAUUUGUUCAGUGUAUAUUAUCCUUUCUGUAUUGAACAUAUUCUUACCAGUAUAAUUCUAAGGUAACCGCCAGGUAAUUCUGAUUGACUUGUUGUUUCACAUUUAAGUCAUUAAACUGUAAAAAUUA